AAUAAAAAUUUCCCAAAACAAUAAAAACAUUAUUACCCAAUUGAAACGAAAAGUUUAAUUUAAAAAAAGAUGCUGCAAUCCAUGAAUUGCAUACGAACUGGCCAAUUGUUAUUAGAUGAAAAUUUGCAAUCAUUUGUCCUCUGCAGUAAUUGUCACACGGAUUUUUUUAGUCUUCAGGAAUUUCAUGCGCAUUUGGAAAAAUGUGAUGGAUAUGAUAAGUUCCUAAAACCUGAAUUAAAAAUCAAAUAUGACUUCAGUAAAUGCACCCAGUUGGUAGGUAAAUCAGGCCAAACAAUAAAAGAGUACUCGAUAUAUGACUUUCAAGAUGUGGAACUUAUAUUGCCAAAAUCCUCAAUUAAAGAAGAGUCCUUUAUGGAUAUAAUAAAUAUAGAGGAAGAAUUAUUAGAUCCUCGUUGGUAUACAGAUUUAAGUAAUGAUGUGAGCACAAGUAAAAAGCCGCAAACAAAUAAGAAAAACCUACAGUACGAUGAGCUGGUGGAAGCGGUAACGCCGUUCGUUCAAUUUAAGGAAAAUCUUAAAUCAAAUAAUCACAGCAGCGCUCAAAUAAAUAAAUUAACCAAAGCGAGCUCAGAUAGCAAAAAUCAGAUUCAGCAGAUAUCCAAUGGAAAUGAAAAAUUCAUUAUACACACAGUCAAACCAGGCGUAAAGAGAAAAUUGGUUUUAAGCAACGAACCUAUGAAACAUCCCUCAACAACAACGGAAACAAUAUCACCACAAAAUUACAGUGUGCAAAUUAAAAAAGAACUAUUUAGGAGUCCGACAAAGCGUCGGAAAAUAGACCCUGUCGCUCAAUCCGCUGUCGUUCCGACCGCAGAAAAAGAAGUUAAACUACAAACUCCUUUUGUAAAGACAUCAAAUGCAAAUGGAAAUGUAGUGGUAAGAGAAAAGCAAACAGCGCAGAUCUUAAAUAAAUUGCAAACAUUGGGCCUUCAAAUCAAACGCACCCAAUCGAAUAAUGUUAUAAAAGGCUCUAAAGCAGAUAGUAAAACAUUGGAAUUGCUGCAAAAACUGCAAUCCAAAGGAAUGAAAGUAAAAAUUCUUAGGCAAACACCGACCAAUGCAAAAACUUCAGCAACGGCGACCAAUUAUUCGAUAAACAGGCCCAUCACUAAGACUGCCAUACUGCCGAAUACUUCAGCACGAACAAUAGUGGCCAGUACAGCAGCAACAAGCAUCUUGCCUCUAAAUAAGGAUUUAAUAAUCAAAAAGGUUAAUUAG